ACCAGCUUCCCAUUGGGAGCUUUUCUCAAUAGGACUUCUCUGAUUGUACAAGCCAAACCGGAUGUUCACGUGGAACCUUCCCCAAAUCUGGUGGUGGCAAAGCUGCCGUAUCAAACCGUAGCUGUUUGUGUGGCCAGAGCAGCCAAGCCAGCUGCUAAUAUCACUUGGCGGACGGGCGGAUUGGAUUAUAAUUCAUCAGAGCAUGUAAUUCGGAAUGUCAAUGGGACGGUAACCACAGAGAGUCAACUGGCCAUGAUCUCAGGAGCAGGAAUAAAGGACCACAGUGUGACUUGUAUCAUCUCACAAGGGUUAGCCUUAUCACCGACUGAGAAGCAGCUGACCAUACAGAACGUACAAUGU